AUGUCUGAGAAGUUUGUUCAUGAUGUUUUGAAUCAUGGUGAGCAUUCUGUUGCGCUUCGUGUUAAUACUUUUAUAACCGUUGAUGAAUUGAAGCAUUUUGCCUAUAAGCAGUGGAGGUAUUUGUCCCCUUGGAGUAUACGUUUUUCCUAUAUGGAUACUAAUCAAGUAGUUUUUAUACAAGGUGAUAUACAACUUCAAGGUUUAGUUGCUCUUGUUAUUCAGAUGAACAAUGAAGAUUUUUAUUUGAAUGUUGAUGUGAUUCCGAAGCAUACUGGUUGUCGCACUAGUUCAAGGUGUUUGUCUCGUUCUAAUUCUGGUUGUAGCAGUAGUUCUAGUGCUAGUACUUCAAACUCUGUAGAAUUUGUGGAUGGUGCUAAAGAUGUAAGGAUUGUUGUUGAUCAGUACAAGAUGUGUACUGGUUACAAGAUUCUUAUUCUUAAAAACGACAAGACUCAUUUUACUGCGAAGUGCGAAGAAGAUGGUUGUGGUUGGAGGAUUCACUUUGGGCUUGUGAAUGCUGACAUUUCACGGUUUGUGCUGAAAUAUUCUAACGUUAUUCAUAGCUGUGGUGUUGGUAUGAGGUUGAAGAGUCCAGUGGUGACAACCAAGUUAGUUAAGCAUUUGAUCGCUGACAGUAUACAGGGUGAUCCCACUUUAAAACCCAAACAGAUCAUGUCACUCUUUAAGAAGACUUAUGGGUCCAAUAUUAAGUAUCAUCAUGCCCGUAGAGGUAAAGAAGCUGUAUUUGAAGAUCAAUAUGGUGAGGACGAGAAGUCGUAUAACGAUUUAAAUUGGUAUGUGAAAGCGAUUAAGCAAACUAAUCCUGAUAGCUUUGUGAAACUUGAAGUUGAUGAAGAAAGUGGAAGAUUUAAGUGGAUUUUUAUCUGUUUCGGUGUUUGCAAGCAUAGCUAUAGGUAUCUCAAGCCCAUGAUUUACUUGGACGCUACUUUCCUCAAUGGUAGAUUCAGGGGUACUUUGAUGGAUGCAACAUGUGUCAAUGGAAAUGAUGGUUUUUACCCAUAUGCCUUUUCUAUUGUUUUAUCUGAAAACAAAGACAAUUGGUUUUGGUUUCUGGAUAAUCUUCAACAAGUGGUCGAUGAUCGUUCUAUUGUUUUCCUUAGUGAUCGUCACGAAGGACUUCAGCAGGGAAUUCCAAGAGAAUUUCCUGGUUCAUAUCACAGCUAUCAAGUGCAAUCUCCCUAUUGGAAAAGGACCAUUCCAAAGGAGAAAUGGGAAAAUGCAUUUUUACCUGUAUGCAGAUAUGUUGCUCACUCUUCAUCUAUUGCCGAGUCAUUCAAUAACUGGAUUCUUGAGUUCAAAAAGCUGCAUGUUAUGCAGAUAAAUUCUAAGAGAAGGGUAGAAGGUCUUGAAAAUUUUAACACUAGGCUCACUCCCGUAUACGAGGAUUUACUAAACGAGAACAUCAACAUUGGUCGUACUUGGACUGUUAUUGAGUCUAUGGAAAGAUUGUAUGAAGUCAGGUGGCAAGUAAAUGGUUUUCCCUGCGCACAUGCUUGUGCUGCCAUUCAAUCUACAAGAGAGGACAUCAAUUCAUUUUUUGAGCCAUACUUCACCACUGAAUGGUAUAACAGGACAUACCAAGAGAUCAUCUUGCCAAUCCACAAUUAUGGCAAGUCGCAGUCUUAUGAUCCUUGUGAUAGGAUUAUUGUUCCUAUUCCUGUGCCUCCACCCGGUAGACGAAGAGAACAACAUUUCAAGAAGGCUUGGGAGAAUCAAAAGAGGCCUAUGAUGUGCACAAAGUGCUUCACUCUUGGUCACCACGACAGAGCUACCUUCCCCAUGCCAUGA